CACAAGGAGACCGACAUUACCAGAAAGAGAGCCAACGAUCAGAACCGGGAUAACGCGCAGCAGCCAGCGGGACGGCUGAAGUUCACAAGACGCGUCACAGUUUAGUUGUCCGAAAGGCGGACCUGCGCUGCGAAGUCAUCUAGCGCUCGCACGUCUCUUCCUUCUUCCCCUUCAAUUCCUUUCCUUUCCUUCACUCCGCUUCAGUGCAGUGACCACUACUACUCACAGGGAGGCCACGGUUGCCAACUCUUCACCCUGCUCAAGGAACUCUGCCUCGUUCUGCCCCCAACCCCACUCUCAUACCCAACUCUCAUACCCACACACACCGCAGCGCUGUCGAGAGGGGAGAAGAAGCGCGCUGGAGGAGAGAGAGCAAGGCAGGGGCCAUGGCCGAAGAGGAUUUUGAUGCCUCUAGUUUUACAAGCCAGGGAACAUUCUCUACCAAGGCUCCAGAUCAAGGCUUCAACCCGGCGCUGAUAGUGCUGUUGGUGGUGGUUGGAACCGUUUUAGUCUUUAUUGUUGGAAAUUACGCAUUGUUUUCUUAUGCUAAAAAGACAUUGCCACCAAGAAAGAAGAAACCAGUGUCAAAGAAGAAGCUGAAAAGAGAACGACUGAAAGCAGGUGUUGCUCCUGCUGGUGACUAAGCUGCGUGCCUCUUCUGGAUCCAGGUUCAUGACUAUGAUCUAGGUUCAAAAUUGUUCCGGAGAUUGAAAGCUAGGUCUUUCCAUGUACAAUUACAGGCACGUUGAAAAAUUUAUCAGAUUAUUGGAAAGCUGCUGUAGAAGGGCUGGUCUCUCCUUUCUAUGGAUCAACUUAUCCUGCUGCUUGACUAGCCGGGCGCUCUGUGUUGUAAUUGGACAAAAAACACUUAUCAUGAAGCCGAUGGCGUCUGUGUCGCACGUACUACACCGCUUUGCUUACAGGUUUUACUGGGAUCAGUUGUAGCUAGUCUGCUCGCUGUCCUAUUUCUCGCAAACCGAGAAUGUCCCUUCGCACAGAGGUUUUGACGCCUGUGCUGCCUUUCAAAAUUUUGACUAUACAUAAAGGUGACCACUAUUCAUGUCGC